GAAUGUGGAGGAUGUUUUGUGUUGGCUUAGUAGCCUCUAUUGUUGUACUUGUCCUAGUGUUCAUGCUAUGACCCAUUUAUGGCACAAGUUUGUCUACUUGCCGAAUAAGGCUGUUUCAGAUUAGGUUAUAGGCUGUUCUUGUUUAGGUUAUACUACUUUGAAUUCCAGCCGCUCCAUUCUCAUAAGGGUUUCUCUUAAGAGUUUUCACAUAUUAGAUCAAGGCAGACUAUUUGAAGACGUUACCUUCCAAUUAGGCAAUGGCAUAUGUGAUCUGACUGGGAUAUACACAACAACAUUCCCAAUAGAAAGGCACAUUUUUCUAGUCUCUGGCGCGCUUGGUGCAUCUUUGACAAAUGGUGUUUGCCCCACUAUUUAACUUCCAAAACUGGUAGUUGAAGUUUUCAAGAUGUUCUUGGAGCCUACGUUAUUUAUCAGCACGUUAAAAGUCUUCAGUGUGAGACACUGGAGCAGAACAGAAGGCAUCUGACUUGGAGAUAAUAAGCUUUCCCCCCCUGAGGUUUAAAGCCAGAUUAAAUAGGCAGUCUAGUAGUAGUAGAGGUAGAGUGAUUGUCUGUUUUAUAAUCUGCCUCGUCUCUGAAGGUUUACCUCCCUAUCUGACAUUAGACUAGCCUACAUCCUGUUGUUGUACUGUAACUACCGUUUCUGGUCUCUAUUGACUCUGUUUCAAUGUCUUACUGUGGUAGGCCUAUAAAUAGUUACAUGAGAGCAGAGAUGAGGGAUGGUGAGGUUAGGUAGCCUACAUGAAUUUGUUACCAUUUUGUUUUGGCCGCUUCACUGUUCGCCCACCCACUUCCUAAACUAAGCUGGUCGCCCUCCCCUUCCUUCAUUGUGGGUCUUUAUUUCAGAAAACUCUGCCUCUUGCAUCAGAAGGUUGUUGCAGUCUAUAAAGGGUUAGGCUAAUCAAAGGAGUACCUUUUAUUUAGGCUAAUUCAUAGAAAACCUUCCAACUGUCUGCAACUAGUGACUAACCAACAUUCAACAAGCAGUUUGCCUUUGUCGACCAGGACAGGAAAGAUGCAGAACUGAGGGUGACUAUCCAUCCUCCCGGCUUGUUGAAGUGUGAGACUAAAUAGCGUGUCGUGAGGAAGAGGGACGAUGGGGUUCGGACGGGACCUGGGGAACUCCCACGACGGGCUGUUGAAGCUGCAGGACUGGGAGCUGAAGCUGCUGGAGACGGUGAAGCGCUUCAUGACGCUACGGGUGAAGAGCGACAAGGAGUACGCCUCUCUCCUCCUCAACAUCAGCCAGCAGGUGGACAAGCACGACAACUCCUCCCAGAUGGACUACAUCAGCAAUGUCUCCAAGUCUUGGGCCCACAUGGUCCAGCAGACAGAACAGCUGAGUCAGAUCAUGAAGUGUCACGCGGAGGAGCUGAACUCGGGCCCUCUGCACAGACUCACCAUGAUGAUCAAAGACAAGCAGCAGGUUAAGAAGAGCUACCAGAGCAUCCACACACAGAUCGAGUCCGAGAUGAACAAGGUGACGAAAAGCGACCUAGAAAAGUUAAAAGGCACCUACAGACAAUUAACAAAGGAUGCCCACAGUGCCAAAGAAAAAUACAGAGACGCAAUGGUGAAAGGCAAGGAGCCGGAGAAGGCGAGGGAGCGUUACGACAAGGCCACUAUGAAGCUUCACAACCUCCACAACCAGUACGUGCUGGCGGUGCGGAGUGCCCAGCUCCACCAGGAGCACUACCACGACACCACGCUGCCCCUCCUGCUCGACUCCCUGCAGAAGAUGCAGGAGGAGAUGAUCAGUGCACUGAAGGGGAUUUUGGAGGAAUACAGUGAAAUAACCAGUCUCUUAACUGAUGAAAUAGUGAAAGUCCACAAAGAAAUCCACACCUCCAUCGACCAAAUUGAUCCUGUGUCAGAGUAUGAACACUUCAUUGAGGUUCACAGGUCUCCAGAAACCAAAGAACCAAAUGUAGAAUUUGACGUUUCACUGUUGGAGGAAACCGAGAAUCUUCAAGCAAACGAGAUCCUAUGGAACAAUUUGACUGCAGACAGUUUACAAGCGAUGCUGAAAUCCACAUCAGAUGAGCUGGGCCUCACUCAGCAGAGUCUACGCACCAAGGAGGAUCUCAUGCAAGACUUGGAAAACAAGCUCGAUGAGUCCACCAAAACAUGUGAAAAGAAGUCUGAUGCGGUGCUGCUGCUCAGUCAGAAGCAGUCUUUGGAGGAGCUGAGGCAAACGGUCCAGUUGUUACGCUGCACAGAAGCCAAGCUGGGCGCCCAGAAGGACCUGCUUGACCACAAGAUGCAGGAGAACGAGGGCAAGGAGCCUCCCCCCAUGGUCAACUACGAGGACGACGCGCGCUCCGUCAACUCCAUGGACAAAGGCAAAGACAGGACAUCAAAGUUUGACACCUUGCGUCAUUCCUUAGCCGGCAUCCUCCGCUCUCCCAAAUCAGUCCUUGGCUCAUCAUCGGUAAGUUCUGAACAGUUUUUCGACGUGAUCCCAACUAGUGAGAAGCCCCUGGGGGACCAGGAGUGGUACCAUGGGGCCAUCCCCAGGACCGAGGCCCAGGAGCUGCUCAAAGAGCAGGGAGACUUCCUGGUCCGGGAGAGCCACGGCAAGCCUGGCGAGUACGUCCUGUCUGUCUUCUCAGAGGGACAGCGGAGACACUUCAUCAUCCAGUUUGCAGACAACCAGUAUCGUUUUGAAGGCACUGGCUUCCCAACCAUUCCUCAGUUAAUUGAACACCAUUACACUUCAAAGCAAGUUAUUACCAAGAAGUCUGGGGUGGUGCUUUUAAACCCAGUCGUCAAGGAUAAAAAAUGGAUACUCAACCAUGAGGAUGUUACUCUUGGAGAGCUCCUUGGCAAAGGCAACUUUGGUGAGGUAUUCAAAGGAACAUUGCGGGACAAGACUCCUGUGGCAGUCAAAACAUGUAAAGAGGAUCUUCCACAGGAGCUGAAGAUUAAGUUCCUAUCAGAAGCCAGGAUCCUCAAGCAAUAUGACCACGCAAACAUUGUGAAGCUGAUAGGCGUUUGCACACAACGACAGCCUAUUUACAUUGUGAUGGAGCUAGUGUCAGGAGGGGACUUCUUGUCGUUUCUACGGAAGAAGAAGGAAGACCUGAAGACCAAACAGCUGGUGAAGUUUUCUUUAGAUGCUGCUGCAGGAAUGGCUUACCUCGAGCUCAAAAACUGCAUCCACAGGGAUCUGGCGGCUAGGAAUUGUCUGGUGGGAGAGAGCAACCUGCUGAAGAUCAGCGACUUUGGGAUGUCAAGACAAGAGGACGAUGGGAUCUACUCGUCGUCUGGCCUCAAACAGAUCCCCAUCAAGUGGACAGCUCCAGAGGCUUUGAAUUAUGGGAGAUACAGCUCGGAGAGUGAUGUGUGGAGUUUUGGCAUCCUCCUAUGGGAAACGUUUAGUCUAGGAGUGUGUCCUUACCCAGGGAUGACCAACCAGCAGGCCAGAGAGCAAGUGGAGAAAGAUUACAGAAUGUCCUGUCCAACAAAGUGCCCUGAGGAGAUUUACAAAGUCAUGCAGAAGUGCUGGGAGUACAAACCUGAAAAUCGGCCAAAGUUCGCCGACCUUCAGAAAGAACUGGCCUCGAUCAAGAAGAAAUAGCAACCUGUUAGGGGAAGGUGGACCAGGUCAUGUCAUCACAUCCAGGGGAUCACCCCCUUACAACCUGAGAGAAACACCACAGAACGUUACAGCCUUGAUGCUACUUGUCGUGAUUGUACUCACGGUGUAUACCUUGUCACAAAAUCACUGUGUUAUUUGCCUAGGCAUCUGUUUUGAGCCAUUAUCAAGGAGAGAGAUCUCUGCUUAGCUUGGAUCAUUGUCAAAAUGACAGUAUUAUUUUUUUUAAACCUGGUGUUCCUUUAUUUCUGUUCCUUUGUCUUACUGAACCUCUGCAACUAAAAGUGUUUUGAGACAUAACCACGCAAACGUGUACAAUAGAUACAAUUCAUCAUGCUCCAUUGCACAUAUGACUUCUGUCAUUUUGCUAUUGGUCAUCACUCGGGCAUAGCCACGAUAAUGAGAAAUGUCACAAUUUCUUUUUUUUUGGGGCCCUGAGUUUGGUCCUGUUAAGGUUAGAUGAGUAAUAUGAUGCAAAGGAGUCUGGUGCUCCGUGUAGCCAUGCAACGUCUAAAAAAGACUGUCUAGAUGCACUCUGUAGCUCAUUUCAGUCUUCAGAGACAGAUGGGGUUUGAGAACCAGUUCCUACCCAAGGACGUAACAGUUUAUACCUAAGGGUAUAGUGUCUUGUUUUUGACAUUCAGCAAGAAGUAUUUUCUUCUUCCUGUAAAGUCUUAUUGUGAUGUGACAGUUUGAUUUGAGACCUGUGAAUCAUUUCUGUCCAAAGAUUUCGUAAAGUAUUCUCUUCACGCCCACUAUUUAAUGUAGAAAACCUUUGAGUUUAACAUACAAGGAUAAGUGCAAUUUGUGACACCCUUUUCCUAUAAUUGUUUGGGCUUUGUAAUGUAGAAAUAUUGCAAUAAGGCCAUUUAUUUAGAAUUAAUAUAAUUUUACUUAGAAUUAUUCAAUGUUUCAGACCCUCCAGAAUGCUGACUAUUUUCUAUGUUUUGGUCUCUGUUGUUACAAGCUCAAUACUCAUAAUUUGAAAAUUGGAAUGUACCAUCUGACUUGAAAUGUGAAUUUAGCAUUUUGUGUCAAAAACAGUCCACUUUUACAUAGCUACGAGAGUUUUGAGGAGCUCCAUUUUUCAUGCAUUCAUUUUUGUGGUAUUAUUUACUUCCAUUUUUUUUUAAAUAAACUACUGUUCUAAAUUGUUGAUAGACAUGCAUUCAGCAAUGAACAAUGAACUUGUUUUCAUUAAGUAUACUUAGCGCCAGGAGUUGUAUCUGACCAUGCAACAUGACCAAGAGAGAACUCUGGGGCCUAGUCUAUACCUAUGGUCUACAGUUUUACUGCACGGUAAUUCUCCGGUCCCUAAUAUAGUAUAUUCGCUAUUCCAGCCAAUCCUGUAUGAUGUAAUUUCUCUGAGGGUGCCAUGUUGUUUCUAUGUCAACCAAGCUCCUUGCCAUUUGUGCUGACAGCCCAAGCGUGUCUUCAAAAGCAUCUUCUGUGAAGUAACACGUCACAUCCAUCCAUCAGUUUCACUCCUAUUAGAUUGAUGGAACUCUUGUCUUUCAAAAAACAUUCCUCCUGUAUUUUGUAAAUACUUGUAGAUGCUAUAACUUUUAUUUUAUGCAAAUGUAGGUCACGUUUUAUGUGUGUAUCUCUAUUGGAAUUGUUUCUUCCAAUGAUGUAUUUGAUAAAGAGAACAUUGUCUAUGUUUUGCGUCUGAAUCUGCAUGAUUGUAAAUUUUUAGUAUAUGUAUAAAAGAGUUUUGGAAAAACCCUCUUUCCUAUCCAUUAUA